GCGGGGCUGCCCUGUCUGGCUGCUCUGGAAGCCACCGUCUUCCCUACGCCUCCUCCGGGCCCCUCGCCUUCGGGCAGCCUCCCUUGUCGCCUGGGAAGCUUGAGUCUGGGCUCUCCGCAACUCAGUUCUCCGUCUCAUCCUGGACCGCGAUCGUCCAGACAUGGAACGGCACGCUUGAGCCCCGCUGGACGCCCCCGGCUGUUUUGCAAGACUCAGACAGCUGCCAAGGAAAGUGAACGAUGAAGCCACCAUUUCUUUUGGCCCUUGUAGUCAGUUCUGUAGUCAGCACAAAUUUGAAGAUGGUGUCAAAGAGAAAUUCUGUGGAUGGCUGCAUUGACUGGUCAGUGGAUCUCAAGACAUACAUGGCUUUGGCAGGCGAGCCAGUCCGAGUGAAAUGUGCCCUUUUCUACAGUUACAUUCGUACCAACUAUAGCAUGGCCCAAAGCACUGGGCUCAGGUUGAUGUGGUACAAAAACAAAGAUGAUUUGGAAGAGCCCAUCAUCUUUUCAGAGGUCAGGAUGAGCAAAGAGGAAGAUUCAAUAUGGUUUCACUCAGCUGAGGCACAAGACAGUGGAUUCUACACUUGUGUUUUAAGAAACUCAACAUAUUGCAUGAAGGUGUCAAUGUCCUUGACUGUUGCAGAGAAUGAAUCAGGUCUGUGCUACAAUAGCAGGAUCCGCUAUUUGGAAAAAUCCGAGGUCACUAAAAGAAAGGAGAUCUCCUGUCCAGACAUGGAUGACUUUAAAAAAUCUGAUCAGGAGCCUGAUGUUGUGUGGUACAAGGAAUGCAAGCCAAAAAUGUGGAGAAGCAUCAUAAUACAGAAAGGAAAUGCUCUUCUAAUACAGGAGGUUCAAGAAGAAGAUGGGGGAAAUUACACUUGUGAGCUUAAGUAUGAAGGAAAACUUGUAAGAAGAACAACUGAAUUGAAAGUUACAGCUUUACUCACAGACAAACCUCCCAAGCCAUUGUUCCCCAUGGAGAAUCAGCCAAGUGUUAUAGAUGUCCAGCUGGGUAAGCCUCUGAACAUCCCUUGCAAAGCAUUCUUUGGGUUCAGUGGAGAGUCCGGACCAAUGAUCUACUGGAUGAAAGGGGAGAAGUUUAUUGAGGAACUGGCAGGUCACAUUAGAGAAGGUGAAAUAAGGCUCCUCAAAGAGCAUCUUGGAGAAAAAGAAGUUGAGUUGGCACUCAUCUUUGAUUCAGUGGUGGAGGCUGACCUGGCGAAUUAUACCUGCCAUGUGGAAAACCGAAAUGGACGAAAACAUGCCAGUGUUCUGCUGCGUAAAAAGGAUUUAAUCUACAAAAUUGAGCUUGCAGGAGGCCUGGGAGCAAUCUUCCUCCUCCUUGUACUGCUUGUGGUCAUCUACAAAUGCUACAAUAUUGAAUUAAUGCUCUUCUACCGACAGCAUUUUGGAGGUGAUGAAAUUGCAGAUGACAACAAGGAAUAUGAUGCGUAUCUCUCUUACACAAAAGUGGACCAAGAUACUUUAGACUGUGACAACCCUGAAGAAGAGCAAUUUGCUCUUGAAAUUCUGCCAGAUGUGCUGGAAAAACACUAUGGAUAUAAACUAUUCAUCCCAGAAAGGGACCUAAUCCCAAGUGGAACCUACGUUGAAGAUCUCACAAGAUGUGUUGAGCAAAGCAGAAGACUUAUUAUCGUGCUAACUCCAGACUAUAUUCUCAGACGAGGAUGGAGUAUUUUCGAAUUGGAAAGCAGACUCCAUACCAUGCUAGUCAGUGGAGAAAUCAAAGUGAUUUUGAUUGAAUGUACAGAAUUAAAAGGAAAGGUGAAUUGCCAGGAGGUGGAAUCACUAAAACGCAGCAUCAAAUUUCUGUCCCUGAUCAAGUGGAAGGGACCCAAGAGCAGCAAAUUAAAUUCAAAGUUUUGGAAGCACUUAAUAUAUGAAAUGCCCACCAAGAAAAAAGAAAUGCUUUCUCGGUGCCAUGUUCUGGACUCAGCAGAACAAGGACUUUUUGGAGAGCUCCAGCCUAUACCCUCUAUUGCCAUGACCAGUACCUCGGCCUCUCUGGUGUCAUCUCAAGCUGAUCUCCCAGAUUUCCACCAUUCAGAUUCAAUGCAAAUGAGGCAUUGUUGCAGAAGUUAUAAACAGGAGAUGCCAACCACCACCUUGCCAGUACCUUCCUUAGGCAACCACCACACUUAUUGUAACCUGCCUCUGACACUACUCAAUGGACAGCUACCCCUUAACAAUGCCCUGAAAGAUACUGUUCAUAGGAACAGUUCCCUGCUACCUUUAUCACCCAAAGAGCUUAGCUUCACCAGUGAUAUUUGGUAGUGGAAAAUCUGAGGUCCCCUGAACAGCUAUGUGUGCAUACAAAAUUUCUCCUAUACCAAGCAAAAAGUACACCUAAUAACA